AUCAGAGCCUUUAUAUCUGUAACCAGCAGCAAUUGUUCCACUCAUUAGCCAUGCAUAGUCCAACUUCAAGGUUCUUUGAGCCGGUUGUUAUUUUUUUGGCCACCUAUAAGACAGUAGUCUCUUACCAUGGGAGACUGGAACUUAUUGGGUGGCAUCCUAGAGGAAGUUCACUCGCACUCAACCAUAGUGGGGAAAAUCUGGUUGACCAUCCUCUUCAUUUUCCGAAUGUUGGUACUUGGUGUGGCUGCUGAAGAUGUCUGGGAUGAUGAACAGUUAGCAUUUGCCUGCAACACCAAGCAGCCAGGUUGCAACAAUAUCUGUUAUAAUGAUGCGUUCCCUAUCUCUUUGAUCAGGUUCUGGGUUUUACAGAUCAUUUUUGUGUCUUCUCCCUCUCUGGUGUAUAUGGGCCAUGGCUUUUAUAGGCUCAGGGCCUUUGGAAAGGAGAGGCAGAGGCAAAAGUCACACCUUAGUGCCCACAUGGAGAAUCCAGGGCUUGAAUUGGAGGAGCAACAAAGGAUAGAUAGAGAACUGAGAAGGUUAGAGGAGCAGAAGAGGAUCCAUAAAUUCCCUCUGAAAGGUUGUCUGCUGCGUACUUAUAUCUUACACAUCUUGAUCAGAUCUGUCCUGGAAGUAGGGUUUAUGAUAGGCCAAUAUAUUCUCUAUGGGUUUCAAAUGCAUCCCUUCUACAAGUGCACUCAACCUCCAUGCCCCAAUGCAGUGGAUUGCUUUGUAUCAAGGCCCACAGAGAAAACCAUCUUCAUGCUCUUUAUGCACACCAUUGCAGCCAUCUCUGUCCUUAAUGUACUAGAAAUAUUUCAUCUGGGAAUCAGAAAAAUCAUGAGGGCACUUUACGAGAAGUCCAGCAGGGAGAGCAUGGAGGAUGAAACAGGCCCUCCAUUCCAUUUGAAAAAAUAUUCAGUGCUGCAGCAGUGUAGGAUUUGCACCCUGUCUGAAAGAAUUUCUGUAAUUCAAGCCAACAAUUAACAGCAAGUCAUCCGGGUCAAUGUGCCAAAGUCUAAAACUUUGUGGCAAAUCCCACAGCCCAGGCCACCAGAGGUAGACCCUUGCCGCAGUAGGAAAGACUGGGCUGAGGAUCAGCACAGUGGACAGCUCCAUGUCCACAGCCUGUGGUCCUGGGAUGACUGUGCUAGAUUUCAGCACCCGGGACAGCGACCAGACCAUUCCUCCUUUGGCCUAACAAAGACAAUGUCCCAGUCUUGGCUAGCUGCAACAGUGGCUCCUACGCACUGUCCGCCUUAUGCAAUAGGAGCCUGGGAGAAGUCUCAGGACCUGCCACCCUCAGAGGAGCCUCUUACACGUUUGCACAGUCACUGCAGAAACAGCGAUGGUAGCAUGAGAGAGAGUGGGGUCUGGACAGACAGAUCUCACUUGGGCAGUCGCAAGGCCAGCUUUCUGUCCAGGUUGCUGUCUGAGAAGGUACAGCUGCACAGUGACUCAGGAAGCUACAGUUCUCGGGAUAGCUCUGGCUUGGGCUUUCCUCACCGGGAAAACAGCCCCUCACUUCUGCCUUCAUCCACUGGGCACAGAACAUCAAUGGUAAGUAAACACAGACAGACUGUGAGCAUGGAACUAUCACAAGAGGUGUUCCACUCUGGCCACUUCUUAGCCUUCCCUUUCAUCCUUCCUGGUAUGUAUGUCUGUGUUGAGAGGGAGAGAAGAAGAGGGAGAUUAAUUUAUGGAGAGUUGAUUCAUUCAGUACCUUCAGUUAAAUUCAACUCAUAA